UCCGAACAUUUCGAAAUCCCCAACCCCAACCCCCCGAAAGGGCGAAAACCCCCACGCCUCGAAAGUUUUCCCGCCCGGAGCCUCCAAACCCUAGUCCCAUCUCCGGCCGGCGACGCCUCCCCGGCGGCCGGCGAGAUGCACAUCAAGGAGGUAACCCUCGAGGGGUUCAAGUCGUACGCGGGGCGGACGGUGGUGUCGGGGUUCGACCCACUGUUCAACGCCAUCACCGGGCUCAACGGCUCCGGCAAGUCCAACAUCCUCGACUCCAUCUGCUUCGUGCUCGGCAUCACCGACCUCCGCCAGGUCCGCGCCGCCUCGCUCCAGGAGCUCGUCUAUAAGCAGGGUCAGGCCGGGGUCACCAAGGCCACCGUCUCCAUCGUCUUCGACAACUCCGACCGCUCCCGCUCCCCGCUCGGUUACGAGGACUCGCCCGAGAUCACCGUCACGCGCCAGAUUGUAGUUGGUGGACGGAACAAAUACCUUAUCAAUGGCCAUGUUGCCCAACCUUCCCGGGUGCAGACUCUUUUCCACUCAGUGCAGCUUAAUGUAAACAAUCCUCAUUUUCUAAUUAUGCAAGGGCGCAUAACAAAAGUUCUCAACAUGAAGCCUCCAGAAAUUUUGUCCAUGUUAGAAGAGGCAGCAGGCACACGAAUGUAUGAAAUGAAGAAAGAAUCUGCUCUUAAGACACUUGAGAAGAAACAGAACAAAGUUGAUGAGAUUAAUAAACUUCUUGAUGUUGAAAUCCUUCCUGCACUAGAGAAGCUUAGGAAAGAGCGGUGCCAGUACAUGAAAUGGGCUAAUGGCAAUGCUGAACUGGAUCGGCUCAAAAGGUUCUGUAUCGCCUAUGAGUUUGUUCAGGCGGAGAGAGUGCGAGAUGGCGCACUCAAUGACGUCAAAAAAAUCAGGGCAAAGAUUCUUGAGCUGGAUGAAAAUACAGAAAAGCUAAAAGCAGAUAUACAGGAAAUGGACAAGAACAUUUCUACCUUGGCUGCUGAAAAGGAAGCUAAACUUGGUGGUGAGAUGAAGGCUUUGUCAGAGAAAGUGGAUAAACUAUCACAUGCACUUAUUAAGGAAACUUCUGUGAUGAAUAAUCAAGAGGAAACCCUGAAGUCCGAGGAAAAGGGAGCUGAGAAGAUUCUCAAAAACAUCGAAGACAUAAAAAGAUCUAUGAUCGAGAGAGAUGCUGCUGUAAAAGACUUAGAGGAUGGGGCGUCUGACAUGAAAAGGAAAGCAGAGGAUCUGACAAAGAAGUUAGACGAGAAUGAGAAAGAAUAUCAGGGUGUGCUAGCAGGAAAAAGUAACGUAAAUGAGAAGAAAUGCCUCGAAGAUCAACUUAGGGAUGCUAAAGCUGCAGUUGGAGAGGCAGAAUCUGGAUUAAAGCAGCUGAAUACAAAAAUAAGUCAUUCUGAGAAGGAGCUUAAGGAGAAAAAAGCUCUUUUAGUAUCCAAGCGUGAUGAGGCUACUGCUGCUGAGAAUGAACUGAAAGCAAGGACAAAAGACUUGGAAGCUAUCAAGACAUCCAUGGGAUCUAUCAAUUAUGAUGAGGGCCAGAUGGAAGCUUUGCAAAAGGACCGGUCUACAGAGUUGGAAAUGGUUCAGAAUUUGAAAGACCGUGUUCGUAAGCUUUCGGGUGAACUUGCUAAUGUUCACUUCACUUAUCGAGACCCUGAAAGGAAUUUUGACAGAUCAAAAGUCAAAGGGGUUGUUGCACGUCUUAUUAGAAUAAAGGAUAGCUCAGCAGCAACAGCACUGGAGGUUGCUGCAGGUGGAAGGCUAUUCAAUGUGGUUGUUGACACAGAGGACACUGGGAAGAAAUUACUGAAAAAUGGGGAUCUCCAAAGUAGAGUAACCAUCAUACCUUUGAACAAAAUCCAAACAUACACAAUACCUGAUAGAGUUCAGCAGGCGGCUCGUAGACUGGUUGGUCCUGACAAUGUAACAUUAGCUCUAGAAUUGGUUGGAUAUGGCGAGGAAGUAAAGAAUGCUGUGUCUUAUGUAUUUGGCUCAACAUUCGUGUGUCGUGAUUCGGAGGCAGCAAAAGAGGUUGCAUUUAAUAGGGAAGUUGGCAGUACUAGUGUGACUCUCGACGGUGACACUUAUCAGCCUAGUGGCCUUUUGACCGGAGGCAGUAAAGGAGGUAGAGGGAAUUUACUACGGAAACUCGACGAAUUGGCUAAAGCUGAGGUUGAUCUAUCCAAUCAUGAGAAAAGGCUCUCUGUCAUUGAACAACAGAUUGGAGCCCUUCUACCAUUGCAGAAAAGGUACACUGAGUUGAAAUCUCAGUUUGAACUCAAGUCAUAUGAUCUCUCGUUAUUUCAUAAAAGAGUUGAGCAAAAUGAACAUCACAAGUUAGGUGAACUCGUAAAGAAAAUUGAACAAGAGCUUCAAGAAUCAAAACAAGAGUUGACAGAAAAGCAAGUGCAGUAUGAAAAAUGUGUAUCAACGGUUUUGGAGUUAGAACAAACGAUCAAGACUUAUGGCACUGAGCGUGAAGGCAGACUCAAAGCACUGGAAAAAAGGAUCAAAUCAUUGAAAUCGGAGAUGCAGACUAUGUCAAAGCAAUUAAAGGCUCAUGAAAGUGAGAGGGAGAGGCUGAUCAUGGAGAAAGAUGCAGUUGCUAAUGAGCUUGCUAAUCUAGAAGAGCAGUUAUCAACUUCAAAAGCUCAAAUUGCUUCUCUGUCUGAAACCUUGGAAAAACAAAAGGACAAGGUUACUUCCAUAAAGCAAGAUUACGAUCAAGCUGAAGGUGAGCUCAAUGUUGGGCGUUCGAAACUGAAGGAAUGUGACUCGCAGAUAAACCACAUGGCCAAGGAACAGCAGAAACUUCAACAACAAUUAAGUGAUUCAAAUGUUGAAAGGAAGAAAAUGGAAAAUGAGGCUAAGAGGAUGGAGAUAGAGCAGAAGGAUUGCUCUUCAAUAGUUGAUAAGCUAGUGGAGAAGUAUAGUUGGAUUUCAACUGAGAAACAGUUGUUUGGAAAAAGUGGUACAGAUUAUGAUUUUGAAUCUUGUGAACCCCAUAAAGCCCGAGAGGAAUUAGAAAAUCUUCAAGCUCAACAAUCCAGUCUUGAGAAAAGGGUCAAUAAGAAAGUUAUGGCUAUGUUUGAGAAGGCAGAGGAUGAGUACAACGAUUUGAUGUCAAAGAAAAACAUCAUCGAGAAUGACAAGGCAAAAAUCAAGAAAGUGAUAGAAGAGUUGGAUGAGAAGAAGAAGGAAACCUUGAAAGUCACAUGGCUCAAAGUAAACAAGGAUUUUGGAUCUAUAUUCAGUACUCUUCUACCUGGUACAAUGGCAAAACUUGAUCCUCCAGAAGGUGGUACUUUCUUGGAUGGUCUUGAAGUUCGUGUAGCAUUUGGGACAGUUUGGAAGCAGUCUCUAUCUGAACUUAGUGGAGGGCAACGGUCCCUUCUCGCUCUUAGUCUUAUCCUGGCACUGCUGCUUUUCAAACCUGCACCACUUUACAUAUUGGAUGAGGUUGAUGCUGCCCUUGAUCUGAGCCAUACCCAAAACAUUGGUAGAAUGAUCAAGGCUCAUUUUCCACACUCACAGUUCAUAGUUGUCUCACUUAAAGAGGGUAUGUUCAACAACGCCAACGUAAUAUUCCGGACAAAAUUUGUUGAUGGUGUGUCCACUGUGACGCGAACAGUGCCUUCGAAACAGAGAUGACCAGUUUAUACACCAUGCUUCCUUCUGUAGAUGGUUUGCUGCACCCGAACUUACGGGAUGCUAGUGCUUGGUGCUGUGGACGCAAAAUGUCUCAAGCAGUCAAGCUCCUCGCUUGUCAGGCCAUGGCAUCAAAUUAGGCGCUAUAACUGUAACCCCGUGCCGUUACGUUUAUGACCUCGUAUGUACUCUGAUCUGCCGUAAUGUGUAAUUAGCGGUUGAAUAAUUUUGUUUUGAAGAUUGAACACCUAUAUAUUGGCAUAAUUUGCGUAGCAUGUAAUGUAGGGACCAUCUGUUAUCAUGGCUUAUCUUUUCUUCA